AUGCCGGGCGGGCGCGCCGUCCGCGUGCUGAACGUGGCGGAGAAGCCGUCCGUCGCGCGCGCCGUGGCGGAGAUCCUCGCGCGGUACGGUGGCGGCGGAGUGAGGUCGCGCGAGGGGCGGUCCGUGUACAACCGCAUCUUCGAAUUCACCUACAUGAUGAACGGGCAGCCAUGCGACAUGGCGAUGACGUCAGUGACGGGGCAUCUGAUGGAGAUGGACUUUCAGGACCCCUUCAGGAAGUGGCAUGCCUGUGACCCCCUGCAGCUCUUUGACGCGCCCGUGCACAAGGCCAUCCCGCAGGACAAGGCUGCACUGGAGGUGACGUUGAGGGAGGAGGCGAGGCGCAGCGACCAGCUGGUGUUGUGGCUGGACUGCGACAGGGAGGGCGAGAACAUCGCCUACGAGGUCAUGCAGGUGUGCUUGUCUGCUAAUUCGCGCCUGGCUGUCUUUCGAGCGCACUUCUCAGCCCUUGUUGACAGAGACAUCCAUCAUGCGGCUCAGAACUUGGGCCGCCCCAAUUCCAACUUCGCAGACGCUGUUGACGCUCGGCAGGAGAUAGAUCUGCGCAUAGGGGCGUCCUUCACGCGCUUCCAGACGAUGCUGCUGCAGAACCGCUUCGACCUGCCCUCGCCCUCCGCCGACCGCAAGCCAGUCAUCAGCUAUGGGCCCUGCCAGUUCCCCACGCUGGGCUUCGUGGUGGAGCGCUAUUGGGACAUACUGGCACACGUGGAGGAGCCGUUUUGGGCCAUUCACUGCAGAUACGUGCAGCAGUCGCCGCCCCCCGCCACCUCCGCUGAAUUCUCCUGGCAGAGGGGUCGUCUGUUCGACCACCAUAUCGCUGCCACACUCUUUGAGAUGUGCCUCGACAACCCCGUUGCCACUGUGAUGGAUGUUUCAGGCAGUGAGCGGCGCAAGUUCCCACCCUUCCCACUCAACACAGUGGAGCUGCAGAAGCGAGCGUCGAGGUUCCUGCACAUGGCAUCAGAGCACACCAUGAAGAUAGCAGAGGAGCUGUACCAGCAGGGCUUCAUGAGCUACCCUCGCACCGAGACCGACAGCUUUCCCCCCUCCAUGGACCUCCGG